AUGAGUUCUCUAGCCGGUAAAGAUUUCUCUCUGGAUGGUCUCAAUGGAUUUGCGAACAAAAAGAAAAAGAAGAAACGACGACAUAGUCGUACAAUAUUCACCAGUUAUCAAUUGGAAAAGUUAGAAGAAGCUUUUAAAGAGGCACACUAUCCAGAUGUAUAUGCACGUGAAAUGUUGUCUUUGAAAACAGAACUACCUGAGGAUCGUAUACAAGUAAGUGGAGAACCAAUGAAAUUUAAUACUUUUUUUUCAAAAACCUACUACCACAAUAAAUAA